AUGGAUACUAGUUGGAUUGAUUUACGAAAAGGGACUGCCGGUUAUUAUAAUGGUUGCAUGAAAUUUUUAGAGGUUGCUAAGGAGACUCUUUUAGAGGGAAUGACUCGAUGCCCAUGUAAUAAAUGCAAGUUGAAUAACUCAUAUCCCUUAGAAGAGGUAGGAGGACACAUUUUAUUUUACGGUUUUUAUAAGAACUAUAGACAAUGGGUUUUCCAUUGUAAAGAUCAAGAGAGUAAUACCAUAGAGAUCCCUAGUGAUCAAGCAAAGGUAGUAGGUCGAGAUGAUAUUGAUGGGUUAUUAGGAGCAGCUUUCAGGGUUGACAAUACUGCACAACCCACCAACGAAUCCCAAGACCCAUCAUUAAGUGAAGCAAAUUUUGAAGAUGAAGAUCUGUAUAACAUGCAUGAAGAAUUAAAUUUUGAUCUUGAGGAAGAUGAUGAGUUUCCAUCAACCAACACCAAUGAAGAAGAGGCGAAAUAUAAACGACUAAGGGAAGCUUCUGAUGAGGGUUUAUACGAGGGGUGUACUACUUUCUCAAAAUUGUCAUUUCUACUGCACUUGUUUCACCUCAAGUGUAUGUUUCAUUGGUCAGCUGCGUCAUUUAGUAAGUUGCUUGAGCUUCUAUUAGACGCAUUUCCUAUUAUUAUGGAGUUUCCGUCAUCGUAUUAUGAAGGCAUGAAGAUAAUAAAGGAUUUGGGAUUGAGUUACGAGAAAAUCCAUGCAUGUCCAAAUGAUUGUAUUUUAUAUUGGGGUGAAUUUGCAGAAAAAAGUGAGUGUCAUAUUUGUCACACAUCAAGGUGGAGAAAUGUGAACGGAAAUGAGGGUGAUACAAGUGAGAAUGUUAUAAAAACACGUAAGAAGGGCGUUCCAGCUAAAGUAAUGCGGUAUUUUCCUCUCAUCCCUAGACUAAAGAGGCUUUACAUGUCAUCUAAAACAGCAAAGGACAUGAGAUGGCAUUUUGACCGCAAGGAUGAAAAGAUCAUAAGUCACCCGGCAGAUGGUGAAGCUUGGAAAAAAUUUGAUCAAAGAUAUGAGGAAUUUGCCAAAGACCCUCGUAGUGUAAGAUAG